GUGAGAGAGAGUGAGAGAUGGAUGUCUUGUGUUUUUCCGGGUGCGUGUCGCUCAGGUGUGGUGCCGCCCCUCGUCGCCUCGCAUUUGGGCGCGCCAAGAUCGCGAUCAGGGUGCGCGCUGCCAAGGAUGGAAGCGAAUCACAGGUGAAAACAGCAACCGACGCCGUCAAUCUGGGCUUGUCACUCUUCUCCAAAGGAAGGGUGAAGGACGCAUUGCAUCAGUUUGAUACCGCCCUGGCCAUGAAUCCAAACUUCGAUGAGGCGCAGGCCGCGUACUACAACAAAGCUUGCUGCCAUGCUUCAAGGGAAGAGCCCGCGAAAGCAGCACAGGCAUUGCAAACAGCGCUGCGUGAUUACAACGUCAAGUUUCAUGUCAUCCUCAAUGAUCCGGACCUUGCUCCCUUCCGAGCGUCUCCAGAGUUCAAGGCUCUCCAGGACGAGGCUCGGAAAGGUGGCGAAGACACUGGAAGCAGCUUCCGAAGAGACUUAAAGCUCAUCAGCGAAGUCCAGGCACCGUUUCGUGGCGUUCGCAAGUUUUUCUACGUCGCAUUCACGAUUGCCGCUGGGAUCGCGACUUUCAUCACGGUCCCGAGGCUCAUUCGUGCACUGCAGGGGGGAGAGGACGCUCCAAGCGUCACGGAGACCGCACAGAAUCUGGCAAUAGACCUCGCAGGUAUAGUGGCUUUUGUGUCCUUGUUUAUCUGGGACAGCAAGAAAGAAGAGACGCAAAUGUCUCAAAUCACAAGAAACGAGACUUUGUCAAGGCUUCCUGUCCGGCUCGGAACUGGACGCAUCGUGGAGGUGGUGCAACUUCGAGGGAUCACACGACCGGUGAUAUUGGCCGGUACCAAAGAGUCGAUCAAGGGAGCUUUGGAGAAGGCGGAGAGAUACCGCAAAGAUCUCCUGCAACGAGGCGUGCUCUUGAUUCCGGUCGAGUGGAGGAAAAAGGACGAGACGCCUAAGAAGAAAGGAUUUGGACGCUCCGUAAAAGCUCCAGCAGCUGGCUCCGGCAGCGAUGAUUUUCAAAAACGAGCGCAGGACGCGGCACUGAAGGCAGUGCUCGAGAGUGAGAAGCGAUUUGUAGCGGAGGUGGUUUCUCAAGCAGAAUGGGAGAGGUGGAUCUUUGAGCAGCAAGAGUCGGAAGGAGUAACCGGUGGCGAAGAGGUUUUCAUUGUGCUCCGGCUCGAUGGGAGAAUCCGCAAAUCGGGUCGGGGAAUGCCUGAAUGGCAAGAGCUUGUCAAGGAGCUUCCUGUGCUAGAUUCGAUGAUGAGCAAGCUCGAGAGAUGAUAUCAUCGAUCGUUUGCUCAUGAGCGGUGCUUUUUAGGCAAUUGCUACCAAGUUGGAAAUUUUAAUAAUAUAGAAAUUUAAAUACU